UCGCUCCGCUUCGACGACGUCGCUAUGAAAUGGCAGAAACUGUCCGUGUCGCGGAAGCACCACGAUUAGGUUACGUUAGUAACUCCACAUCUAUCUCGCUGUGUUGCUGAGCUAACAAUUUGAAGGAAACGAGAGUGUGUCCGCCUAAAAGGAGGUCCAAGGAGUAGUAUUUCCUCUCAGAAACGAAAAAAAACAACAAAAAAACCCCUCCAGGUUGGAGUCUCCGGCCGGGAGCGAGCGGCGACUGCGGGUUGACACUAUUGGAAUAAACAGGAGACUGGUCUUGAGAGGCGAGCUCCACUUGGAUGCCCUGUCACAGUCUUUGUCCAGAGCUUCACCAUGAACCGGAACAAGCGUGAAAAGGAGUACUACAGUAUAGAUGUGGGCGAUUCAACUUUUACUGUCUUAAAACGCUACCAGAACCUCAGACCUAUUGGAUCGGGAGCACAGGGAAUUGUUUGUUCAGCGUAUGACCACAACCUGGAGAGGAAUGUUGCCAUCAAGAAGCUGAGCCGACCCUUUCAGAAUCAAACUCACGCCAAACGGGCCUACAGAGAGCUGGUGCUCAUGAAAUGUGUCAACCACAAGAAUAUUAUUGGACUAUUAAACGUUUUCACACCACAGAAGACACUGGAGGAAUUCCAAGAUGUGUACCUAGUGAUGGAGCUGAUGGACGCCAACCUCUGUCAGGUGAUUCAGAUGGAGCUGGACCACGAGAGGUUGUCCUACCUCCUCUACCAGAUGCUGUGUGGAAUCAAACACCUGCACGCCGCCGGCAUCAUACACCGAGACCUGAAGCCCAGUAACAUUGUGGUGAAGUCGGACUGUACACUGAAGAUCCUGGACUUUGGCCUGGCCAGGACGGCUGCUACCGGGCUCCUCAUGACGCCCUACGUGGUGACCCGUUACUACCGCGCCCCCGAAGUCAUCCUGGGCAUGGGUUACCAGGCCAACGUGGAUAUUUGGGCUGUGGGCUGCAUUAUGGCAGAAAUGGUUCGCCACAAAAUCCUUUUUCCAGGAAGGGAUUAUAUCGACCAGUGGAAUAAGGUGAUCGAGCAGCUGGGGACGCCGUCUCCGGAGUUCCUGUUGAAGCUCAACCAGUCAGUGAGGACCUACGUGGAGAACCGGCCGCGGUACGCCGGCUACAGUUUUGAAAAGCUCUUCCCCGACGUCCUUUUUCCUGCAGACUCUGAACACAACAAGCUGAAAGCGAGCCAGGCCCGAGACCUACUAUCCAAGAUGCUGGUAAUCGAUGCUUCAAAGCGGAUCUCGGUGGACGAGGCUCUGCAGCACCCCUACAUCAACGUGUGGUACGACCCGACUGAAGUGGAAGCUCCGCCGCCUGCGAUCACGGACAAGCAGCUGGAUGAAAGAGAGCACACAGUGGAGGAGUGGAAAGAGUUGAUAUAUAAAGAAGUGCUGGACUGGGAGGAAAGGACUAAGAAUGGUGUCAUCAGGGGACAGCCCGCCUCCAUAGCACAGGUUCAGCAGUGAGCAGCAGCCCCCAGAAGCACCACCAGCACCAUCCUCCCACAUCCUCAUCCGCCUCCGCCAGCGGCGGCUCCUCCCUGUCCACCGCCCCCACCCUGACCGGCGCCGCCAGCAGCCCGGAAACCGCCAGCAUCGCCACCGUUGCUCCCGCCGCUGCUCCGGCCGACGGCCCCGUGGGCUGCUGCAGAUGACGAUCACCUCCACCCUCCCUGGGUCCUGGCCCCGGUCCUGGUUCUGAUCCCUGGCGCGGCCACACCCAGGACCACCAGCCCCGGGCUGCGGCUCCUGGUCCCGCUCUCUGGUUUUGCCCCCUUCCUGUGCUUAUCUUCAGUAGUGUAGCCAGAUAGCUGUUUGAGAAUCACUUCUGAAAGGACAGAUGUUCCUCAUCCUCUUUUUUUUUUUUUUUUUUUUUUUUUUUUUUUUUUUACGUGACAUUUAAAGU